GUGGUUUGUUUGUACCUUCUAUGCUCUUGUAAAAAUUUAGAUAAAAGGUAACACGACGUAAGUCUUUAAUAUGUAUAUAUGUAUAUGAUCAUAAGAUUUGUAUUACUAGUGGUUUUCGAGUGGUUUAACUCAACUGAAGCUUAGUAUCAAUACUUAUAAGUAUUUCUUAUUCCUGUCUCAGACGUUAAUCAACGCGACCCAUAGAGCUAUGAUAACAGAUAUUAGAAGUGUUAUCGGAGUCUUAAAGAAGAUUGACAAUUCCUGUUAUGUUCAGACAUCAAGUGCGGAAGUUUUGAGUUUAGAAGUCAUCAAUGACACUGCUUAGCUACACGUCCGUAAUCUGUCUUUUUCUUUUUUUGGUCAAGAAGGUAGAAGCGAUCAGUUUGAACGCUAGAAUACUUUUGUGAUUAUUAUUAGUUGAUGACAGGUUUCACUUAAUAACUUGGCUUGAAGAGGAGCAACCAGGUCAAGAAGAAUUUCCUCGUUCCUUCUCAGGACUGUGACUAGUCUUACGACAGCUGUGUCUGACUGAGGUAAAUUUGUCAUCUGAAACAUGCAUCUGACGUUUGACUGCUGUAGCAAAAUUCUUUGAGUGCGUCGAUAUGAAAAUCAUAUAAUCCAUUAAAACCGUGACAGUUUGAGUUAUUAAUUUUUUGAGAUUUAAUAAAGGUUAACCAAAGAAAACAUAAUCAUAAACCAGUUUCGUUUCUAUAGACUUUCUGUAUCUUUUUCGUUUUAUAAAAGCAUGGAAAAUUGCCUAUAAAGUUGUUAACUGUGAAAAUGCGAGAAACUGCCCUACAGUUAUGGCUGUCUUCGUACACACAGCUGUAAAAAAAAAAAAAGAGUCAAGACUUGACGUCAGAUAAGAUUGACUCGUAUCAGAUUGGGAUUUGAUCCUUGGCAGGCGUCGACUUAAAUCUUCAGCCAUGUUAGUGAAGGAAUACCGGAUCCCACUGCCUCUCACGGUCAACGAGUAUCGUGUGGCCCAGUUGUACAUGAUCGCCGUAAAAAAAAAGUAGGGAGGAAACACGAGGAGCUGGGAGUGGUGUGGAGUUUCUGGUAAAUAAGCCAUAUGUUGAUGGUCCUGGUGGAAGUGGGCAAUAUACUCACAAAAUUUAUCACAUUGGCAGCCAUUUACCAGGUUGGCUGAAAGCAUUACUUCCAAAAUCUGCCUUGACAGUUGAGGAAGAAGCUUGGAAUGCCUAUCCAUACACCAAAACUCGUUACACUUGUCCAUUUAUCGAGAAGUUCUACCUUGAGAUUGAAACUAAGUACUUCAAUGAUGCAGGGCAUCAGGAAAAUGUUUUCAGUCUUUCUUCUGCUGAAGCACGUAGCAGAAUUAUUGAUUACAUUGAUGUUGUGAAGGAUCAACUUCAUGGAUCUGACUAUAAACGAGAAGAAGAUCCCAAGUACUAUGUAUCCCAAUGUACAGGACGGGGUCCUCUCACAGAAAAUUGGGUCAGUGAAUACUGGGAAGCCUGUAAUGGUAAAGAAACUCCCCUUUCAGAUGGGAAGGCCAUCAUGUGUGCAUAUAAAUUAUGUCGGGUUGAGUUCAGGUACUGGGGAAUGCAAAGCAAGAUUGAAAAGUUUAUUCAUGAUGUAGCUCUGAGAAAAACAAUGGUAAGGGCACACAAGCAGGCAUGGGUGUGGCAAGAUGAGUGGGUAAAUUUGACAAUGGAAGAUAUUCGUCAAAUGGAGAAAGAAACACAAGAACUCCUUGCCAAGGCCAUGUCAUCAGCUUCAGGUGAAUCUGUAGGAGAAGAUAAUGGGGAUACAUCAAAGCCAGAGAAUGCUCUGCAUACCAGUCCUUCUAGCCUUUCUGGACAAGAAGUAGAUUUAAAUGUUAUUGACAAGGACAAGGACAUUGGUGUGAACCAGGACUUGAGAACUUGUCCUUCAAGAAACAGGAGCCCUUCUCCCCACAAAAGACCUUCUUUCCUGGCUUCUCAGGAAGUGCCCACCUCAAAAGAAACAUACAUAACAGAAAAUAGUAGAAAAAAAAAUUGGUCUAGAAGUAGCUCAAAGUCAGCCCUUCAUUCACCAGAUGGCAGCUCAAUAAAAAGCUUUGACAUUCAGAUGGCAAACUGGAGGAUGGAGAGUAUUGUAAGGGAUUCAGGCUCAAGCUCUGAGGAUGAAUUCUUUGAUGCUGAGGAUCAAUCACAAGUUGUUAGUCUGGCAAAGUGGAGCUCACUGGAGAUGCUCUCUAGUGAAGAAGGAAAGGAUUCAGAAGAGACAGUGAAUAUCUGUGAUGCAGACAGCAUUUUUUCAUCUACCUUCAUUAAAAAAGUACAAAAUGGACAAAUUGGCCAAGUCCGCCCAUUGGGCCUGUCAGCAGUAGCCUCAAGUGGAAGUCUGGAUACCUAUGUGCCCUCAAGCCCCUUUACUUCACCCGUCCAUCAAGUUUGUCCCACUACUGCACUGAUAAUGGUAUUUCAUUCUGGCAGUGUUCUAGACACUGGUACUGACUUGAGCUCUAAAAAAUCUGACAUUAGCACCUUCCGCAGCACCUUUGAAAGCCUGAUACGUCAACACUAUCCCACCUUAAUAAACCACAUAGUAAUUCGCUUGGUGUCUUGUCCUGCAGUGUGUUCAGAAGCCUUAGCAGUUUUGUCCAGCCUAAGCCCAUAUAGUUUCCAGUCUUCUCCAUCUGCCAUUGAUGGCAUUUCACAUACUUAUGAUGCAAUUCCUCUUGGCUCUUUGCCACUUUUUGCCACCUCAUCUCCUGAUUAUCAAGAGAAUGUUUCACGAGCAAUUGCUACAGCCAACCAGACAUACCAUGAAUUUCUGAAAUCUGAAGAAGGCAGUGGUUUUUCUGGUCAAGUAUUUGUCAUUGGAGAUAGUAUGGGAGCAGUGUUAGCCUAUGAUGCUUUAUGCCGAACAUCACAGCUAAAUAGUCGCUAUGGAAGUGAAAGUAGUAUUGCUGAAGUAGAACCCACUCACCCCAAAAGUAUAGAAGUCCGUUAUAGACCUCAAAGCCCCAGCUACAUUAGUAAUAGGCCUAAUCCUUCAAUUUCUAUCGGUGAUGGCAGUGGUAAUGAAGAUGGGGAGGAUGUUACUGAGGUAACAAGGAGCAGGGAAACAGCUUUUGCAACAAGCAGUGCCAGAGCUUACAGGAAAUCUUAUUCUCACCCUCAAGAUGCCGAUUCAACUUUCUAUGAUGCUGUCUCCUAUACCAGACUUCUCUCAGCUCCUCUACCUCGUCGUUGCAGCUCUGCUUGUAGUGAUUAUAGCACUCAUAACAAGCUGGAUUUCGAAGUUUGUGAUUUCUUCAUGUUUGGCUGUCCUUUAGGGAUGGUGAUGGCUUACAGAAAGAUGCUAUCAUUAGAUGACAAAAAUAUUCCACCUCCUCGACCAUCUUGCAACCAGGUGUAUAACCUGUUUCAUCCAACUGAUCCUUCAGCUGUUCGAAUUGAGCCUCUCCUGAGUGCUAGAUUCUCUCAGUUACCACCAGUUAAUGUUGCAAGAUAUCAGAAGUAUCCUCUUGGAGAUGGUCAACCAUUCCACCUGUUGGAGUAUAUUCAAAGUCACGCUCACUUGUUUACUGAUGGUGGCUUCGCUGUCUCCCAGUGUAUGUAUAGUACAAUGGGUAGGCGAACCAGUGAGGCUAGCAUCACCAGCACAAUGUCUGGCAUCAGUGAAGCAGUGCCUCUUGCAACCAUAUCUACAUUGACACAGAAGUGGUGGGGAACAAAACGGCUGGACUUUGCUCUUUAUUGUCCAGAAGGACUUGCUAACUUUCCAACAAAUGUUCUUCCACACCUCUUUCAUGCAAGUUACUGGGAAUCCACUGAUGUCAUUGCUUUUAUCCUUAGACAGGUUGUAAGAUCAGAACUAUUAAUACUUCAAGGAGAAAAUGAGAAGGAAGCAUCAGUCUUCAUUCCUUCACAGCCUCGAGAAAAAUGGCUGAGAAAAAGAACAUCCAUAAAGAUUAAGAAUGUGACUGCUAAUCAUCGUGCGAAUGAUGUGAUCGUUAAGGAAGGGGAUCCUCAGACCUUAAUUGCAAAAUUCCUGUAUGGUCCAUUAGACAUGGUUUCCUUAACUGGAGAAAAGAUUGACAUCCAUAUUAUGAAAGAUCCUCAUUCAUAUGAGUGGACUUUCCUGAAGACAGAGUCAUCAGACAAGAACGGUAGAAUCUCCUAUACUGUUCCUAAAGAAAAAGCUUUGGGUUAUGGAGUGUUUCCCAUCAAAAUGGUUGUUAGGGGAGACCACACCUCUAUUGACUUUUUCCUGGCAGUUGUACCACCAAAAACCGAAUGUAUUGUCUUUAGUAUUGAUGGUUCCUUCACAGCCAGUAUGUCUGUCACUGGAAGAGAUCCUAAGGUUCGAGCUGGUGCUGUGGACGUGGUCCGACAUUGGCAAGAAUUGGGAUAUCUGAUUAUCUAUAUUACUGGCCGUCCCGACAUGCAACAACAGAGAGUGGUAUCCUGGCUCUCACAACAUAAUUUUCCUCAUGGACUGGUUUCUUUUGCCGAGGGACUCUCUACUGAUCCAUUACGUCAUAAAGCUGAAUACCUUCGACACUUGAAAACAGAUGUUGAUAUGAUUAUCCAUGCUGCUUAUGGUUCAAGUAAAGACAUCUGGGUGUAUUCCACUGUUGGGUUAUUGCCAGAACAGAUUUUCAUUGUGGGAAAAGCAUCUAAAAAGCAGCAUUCCAUGGCUACUGUUCUUACUGAUGGCUAUGCUGCACAUCUCAGUGAUCUUAAGGCUCCUGGUGGAUCACGCUCUGCUCAAGGUAAUGCCCGUAUGAUUCUCCCCAGAGGUGUAUUUGUUUUGCCUGGUCAAGGUGUUGGUGGUCUGCGUCAACGUCACUCAGCAAAGAGAACAACGUCUUAUCCUUUAUCUGCCCAAAUUACAGAUUUGAGAACAAGAGCCAUUUCUCCAAAACUAGCUUCCACUAAAGUGUAGUCUAAGGAAGGUACAUUUACGCCUGCUGACUGUGGCAAAUUAUUCUCCUAAUGAAGUUGGUGUUUUUGUCGACACAGGUUCACAACAAGUUGUCAUUUUCUUGUCUUAAAGUCUUGAGUAUGAAUCUUCAUGGAACAAUUCCUUUCCCUCGUAUACGUUACUGUUGUAUGCCACAACUGGCUAAGUGACAGUUUGCCUGACACUGCAUUUGAUUUACUUCAAGAAAAGCUUGCUUCUUGUACAGGAGCCACAACCACUGUCAAAAAUUACUGUUGGUUAAAAUGUGUUUUUCUUUAUACAGUACGAAGACUGAUAUAAACUCUAUUUUAAAGGAGAAACAAUUUCACUACAUCAGAUAACUUCUAGAAUCUAAAUCAGUAUGGAUUGAUUGGCACAUUGCCAAAAGAACUUUAAUGUCAAGGAAAUUUGUUGUGCCAAAUGUUGGUGUAAGAAUCCAUCAUUCUACUACUUAAAGAAUUUGUUGAGAAAUACAGUUUAAUUAAUCUGAUAAUAGAGUUGUUUGUCAAGGUUAAGCUGUUGAUUGCCAUUGUCUUUCACAAGCUUCUCUUGUCCAUUUAUGUCUCAACCACCGAUGCUUUUUAGUCACACUGAGAAAAGACUCAGUUUGCUCGUGAACGAGGAAAACUACAUAUUUACUCUGACUGCAAGGUUAGUGUAUUUUCAACAUGAUGUAAUUGGUAUUGUAUAAUAUAAUACCAAGGCUUUUGUUGCAUACAUUCCUCCAUGAAAAGAACAGAUAUUUCUCAGUUUUUGUUUUAUAAUCUAUAGUAUCCUUAUGAGACAUUCUAAUUGAUGUGUCUCCAUAUGAUAUUAUUUUUAAUGUUUAAAAUGUCUGGUAGUAAUUAAAUGUUUGUCAAGUAUUUACAGUGGGUACCUUACAAUAUAAAGGUCAAGCAUCCUGCGGUGUACCUUGUUGUCGUAAAGGCCACAUGUUUUUUAAUUGUUACUACUACAUAGGAGAUUAAAGUCUGAGUGCUUUAUUAUUGAACACGUUUGUUAAUGUUGUGGUAGCCACAACAAAGAUUGGUAUUAGUCAAAUAUUGUUGUCAACUAAAUCAAUGCUUCAGCUACUAUGUCAUGGCUCAUGACUAGAUUGUGUUACAUGAACAAUGUUCAUUUAUUGAUAUCAGAAUUCAUUUGUCUUGGUUAUGCACAUUUUUAUUUCUCUAUUUUAGGAAUAAUCUCUUGUUGCAUUUAUUGCUUAUUUUUGAAGAUGCUGUAUUAUUAAACGAAUUUGUUAAUGUUGUGGACUGGAAAACACAACAAAUAAUGGUAUUAGUCAAAUAUUGUUAUCAGCUAAGUCAGUGCUUCAGCUACUGUGCCAUAAAACCUACGUUUGCUCUUGUAUCAGAAUUAAUUUAUCUUGGUUUUGCAUAUUUUUUUUUGUUUCAUGCAAGCAGUUGUUGUUACAUUGUAUAUGUAUGUUAGGGAAACAUAAUUAAGCCAGUAUAUCUAUCUUACUGUUUUGUUUUUGGUUUGUACAGGUUCUUUUAUCCUAGUCUGUUUUACACGAAUCUCUGAUUGCAUAGACAAAUUAUUAGUUUGGUUACUAAGAUGACUAAAGUAAGAUUAUAUAUAUAGCAAGUAAGGAUAGUGUAAAAUUGAAAUGUAAAAAUAAUGCAUGUAAGUGUUCUCCAAAGUUUUAAACUAAAUCUAGAGGAUAUCUAUACAUAUAUAUAUAUAUUUUUUUUUUAAUUUUUCUGCAUUUAUUAUAAGAGUAUUAUGAUCAUCCUUGUUUUUAAUAAAUGCCUAUGUUAUUUUCUUAUUUGUUCAAAGCUAUUCCUGAAAUAUAUUAGUUUUUUUGCAUGAUAUUUAUUCACUCUGGAAUAAAUAUGAAGUGCUUUGAAAAACAAUGAGACCAAAAUUUUCAUCAGGCUGGGAGAAAUUCCAUGCAAUAACGAGAAUAUAUGUAGUUUCAAUCAGAUAUGGUAUAACAAUAAUAUGCUAAAACUGUUAAUACUGAUUGAAAGAAACAUUUAGUUCUUUGUAUUACACUGAAUACAUUAAAAACUCAUCUGAACGUUCAGCUAUAAGUUAAAGGGUGAUUUUAUGAAUUGUGACACUUCAAGUCUUAAUCAACCCAAAAUAAAUGAUAACAAAGUUUUUAAUGUCAAGCUUCUGUUAAAUAUGCCAAUCCUGUUCUUGUAGUAAGAAGAGCUCAAGUAUAUCCCUAAACAAAACUGGGCUAAAUUAACCAGCUAAAUUGUUGUUUUCUUUUCAAUAAAGUUACACAUAUCAUUAUAUUUUAACUGGGAAAUUAUAUAUUUUUUUUUCAUUUUUGAUACCAAAAGUUGUAAACUUAUUAUAGUUAUUUUUAAUAUCAUUUUGAGAACCUUUUUAUUUCUCCAUACCAUUAUAUAGGGCUGAGCAUGCAAGUAGAACAGUUGCAUAGGUGGUAUUAUGUAACUAGUUAAGAAAAAGAGAAGAUAAAGGUUAUUCAUGUUAUGUUUGUUUCCAUCAUAAUUUUUCAUGUUUAAUUUUUCAGCACAGUAUUGUUUUUAUUCAAAUUUCUACCAAUAAUUUUACUUAUUGGAUAUGAUGUUCAAUACAGCAAGAAUAUUUAUAAGAAGCAGGUUGGAAUAUAUAUAAAGAUUGCUAUUAUUUCAGCCGCACUUUACAAAAGUAUUCAUGUCAGAUGCAUAUUACCUAGUUUAUAGUGUUCUUGUUGAUUUAAAAUGCAAAAAAUAAGAAUACUUAAUUACAUUAUAUUAGAAACCAAGCAUUUUAUAAAUUUCUACACAAUGGAAUUUUUCUUAAUAUGAAAUUGUCUGUAAAAUAUGAUUUUUACACAAUUAAAGUUAGUUUUUCUUUGGAUAUUAAAUACACUUAUGGUUACAUAACUUACUGGCCUAACAGAAAGCGACUCCAACCAGAUUAUAUGUACUUUUGGUGAAGAAAACAGAGCAGCCAUCUUGUAAUAAAUAUUUUAUUUAUUGAAUGUUGUUUCGUAUCAAUAACAAUAUUUUUUGAAAUAACUACAUAAGGCAGAAGUUUUUUUAGACCAGAGUUUGAAGUGAAAGUCGCUCAGAAUAAGUUAAAUAUUACAUGUUAAUAUAAUAUUUAUUAUAUAUUAUAUUGAAAUCACUGAUAACUGAGUUUACUUUGUUAGAGUAUAAGUGUGAUAAAGUUGUAAUUGAAAAAGAUGUGUAUGUUUUGUGCACAUGUAGACUACAGCAAUAACACAUUGAUAGAUAUGUUGUAUGUUUUUAUGUCACAGUUACACAAGUUUCACAAUCAUAUUCCUUAUUAAGUAAUAAACAUAAGCUUAUAUUAAAAGUUUGUCUUUGCAGUAUAGUUUGCUCUGUAAUUAAGUAUAAAGUACUUUUUGACCACUUAGAAAUUAUUUUGUUUUUAGCUUUUGAUUCCUAAUCAAAAAUCUGUAGCUUCUCUGAAAAUUUUCCUUAACUUGAUCUACACUUAAUAAAGGCAUGCAGUUUAGGAUUUAUGCAGGUUCUCGAUAAUUAACAUGAGAACAGGGCUUAGCACAAAAGUGCUUUUAUAAAAAGAAAAUCAAAUGAAUUCAGCUAUUUUUGUUUUUAUCGAGUACAUAAAUUAAAUGAAAAUACUUAUUUUGUGACAUAAAGUUUAAGUCUUCAACUUCCCUGGAAAAAAAAAGACUAACUUGCUGACUUUUAUAACAAAUUUUCUGUUUAAAUUUGUAGACUCUUACUAUAUAAUUUGUUAGAAAAACAAAUUAUGAUGUUUGUAAAAACUACAAAUGGAUAUUGUUUUAAAAUGUGGCAUGCAAGGUUGUUGUGAAAAGCUUUGUAUUGAAAAAUUAUUUAUUAACACCUGGAAAAACAUUAUUGGCUUAAACAAAGAAUAAAUAUCACUUACUGAUGAUAAAUUAGGUUAUAAUUCAUAAAAACUUGCAGAUCCAAAAAACCUGUAGUUUGAUAUUUUUUGCUGUUUUUGUUUAACAUGUUUCUUUUUAAAUAUUUGUGAUAGUGUAAAUAAAACACUUCAAAAAAUUUAAUGGGAGAUGGUGAUCCACAUAGUACUAUUAUAGCUCUUCCUCUGAAAUAUUCUUAGUGUAUUCUCUGCACACAAGCAUGCUUGUACAUUGCAUAAAAGGUCAUAGUACAACAUUAGUUCUGUCUUAUUACAGUACCUUUGUUUAAUUCUUAUAUGAUGUGGUAUUAAUGUUUUUGGUACAUGAUUACAAAAGUUUCUGUAAAGUGUUAUUCUGUUAGUACUGUGAAAAUGUUCUUUGUUCUAUCUGUGUUUGAAGUAUCUGCUAGCAUAAAUUUGCUGCCUGUCUCUGGUGUUUCAGCCAUUAAAUUUCUUGUAGUUAUAUUAUUUGAACCAACAGUUCAAGAGUUUUGAAUAGCAUCCCAUGGAAUAGAUAUUUCUCUGUGUAUUUAAAUAGUACUUAGAUUUAAAUGUGUUAGUUCAUUGAGAAAACAGAAAAGGAUAAAAGUAGGUUUCUCACAAGGAUAGAUAUGCAUUGUUUAUUCUUGGUGCAAACUCAUAAAAAAUUUUGAAAUAUAAGUUUGUUUGUUUUUUGGAAAUAUUUUAAUUAACAAAAUCGUUAUAAUUAUGUUAUGAUCAUGAAUGAUCUUAAAAUUAGGUGAAAUGAUACAUGCAAUGUUUGCACUUAACAGAGGACUUCACUUUGAAUAUCAACUUUGUUUUUGUUUUUUUAAAUGCUCGAUUAAACAAAGCUCAACAUAUUUUAGUUACAGUGAUAUAAAAAUUGCUUCUGCCAUUGGUUAUGUUCUCAUUAAUACUAUAUAAUACACAUAAGAAUUUCUUUCGGCUUUUAGAAAACAGAAUUAUGUGAAAUCUCAACAACAUUAUGCAUGUAUUUAUAGUUAUCCCAAAUAUUCAUCAUAAAUCUUUAAAUAUUGUUUUAUAACUUUCAUUUGCAGCUAUUUUUAAGAAAAUAUUCUUUACAUAAACAUAAAAUAUGUUUAUUUUGGUUCCAAAUUCAUUAUUUUCUAGGUACAGUAAAACAAUUUCAGAAAGUUACGAGAAAUUCAAAAUCCUUUUAUUUGAAACUUAAAUAAUUUUCAGCCAGUAUUAAAGAGAUUUUUUUUUCAAAUUCCACUACUUAGUUAUAAAACAAAAAUUAAUUUAUCAUGAGUGACAAACUUAUUAUUAACAAAAAACAAUAAAAAUACUUCUUGAUGUUCAUAACACAGAAUAGCUUUUUAACUCAUCAUUAAAACAUAGAUUAUGUUUUCAUUAUUGUAGACGAUUGGUUUCAUUUGAUUUGUUAUUUAAACAUAUUUUAACUAUCAGUUUUGCAGACAUAAAAUUGAUUGUUUGCAGAUAAUUAAAGGAAUAAUAAUUGGUGCAAUAUAGGAACAGCCUCACAUUACAGGAAAUUUAUUUGUGUUGAAACUUACGUAUUUUCAUUUGUCAUGUAUCCACACAAAAGUCGUGUUUCAUUUCUUUCUCUAUCUAUAUAUAUAUAUGAAAGUCAGUAUUUUAAAAUGGAAGAAGUGUAGCAAGGUAUUGUAGAACUUUGGAUUUUUUUGAACUACUAACUUAUUUUAAAAAUGUGUUUUCUAUUGUUUCAUUUAUUUAUAUACAUGAUAAAUUGUCACUUUAUGUAAGUCAAUCAGCUUGCAUUUCAGCAACAGCUGAACAUGUCAAACAAUAAGCGUGUGUGUGUGUGUGUGUUCAGUGCUUUAUGUAUUGCAAUAACUAAAGGCUCUUAUGUCCUUAUCCAUUUUGUUGAUUGAAAGUUCUAAAUACAGCAAAUGAUUUUUUAAUUAUGUAAUAUUUAAUUGAACUAAAUGUUUUGUUGUUAAACUGUUGAAAUUCACAUAAGAAUUGAACUCUUAAAAUCAAAUAUAAUUUCUUUAUUAUUUUGGGCAUUGAUGAUGUUUUGGACUAGUGUUAUUUAAUUUUUAACAAAAUCUAGUUAAGCAAAAUGUUUUAUAUAAAUGUCCUGUGUUUGUGAAGGAUUUGUGUUUCUUCCUGGGACAAUCUCAGCAUUCCUACAAGUUUACAGGUAAUGUAUUGUAAGGAUGGAAAGCCUAAUUUGGACUGCUGUCUUUGACGUUUAAAUUCAUUAAGAUGUUCCCACAGUAUUCUUUCAGAUGCAUACUGCUUCUUGGAAUUGGUUAAUUGAUCAUGAAAGUCCCUCUAUUCAAAUAUACAGAGAACUAACAGCAGCAUGGCAGACUGGGCAUAAAUUUUGCUUUUUCCAAACACUUGUUAGCUAAAUCAGGUCCUUUCAUAAAAAUAUUUUAUAUCUGCCCAAACUUCUAGUAAAAUACAUUACUGAUUGAAUUAAUACAUCAUUAUUAAUCAUGGUAAAACACUUACUAGUAACGGUCCGUAGUGGGCAUUAAGAAAAGCAAAGUUAUGGCACUAACCAGUUUCACUAAUUCUUUAACAUUCAGGAACUUAUUUAAGUUUUCAGUUCUUCUUUGUAUCCAAUAACAGACCAUUUCACCAUUAUCAGAUUGCUUAUGCUUGAACAGUACAGUAAACUUGGGCCUGCAAGUUCCUUUUCAGUGGUCUUGUAAUAUAAGAUUAAGUUGAAGUACUGUGCAUCUUUUACAAAUAUUGUAUUUUAGUAACUUUCAUAACAGAGUGUAAAUUAUCAUUAUAUACAUGCCAUCAUAGGAGGUUCAAAACUUUAAAAAAUUUGAAAUAAAGUGUUUUAAAAAGUAUUUAUAUACAUCAUAAUACAAGAUUAGAUUGUAAUGGCUUUCAAUUUAUGCAGUAACAUAGAAACAUAUGCUAAAAAGCUGUAAUGGUGAAAUGAUCAUGAUAAACUUAUUAUUAGUCUCAAGUUAAAAGAAGUUGUUGUUUGAAUAAUACUUUCCUGUAACCUUGUUUUAAAGGUCUAACAUCUGUAUCCUAAAUGUUGAGUGUAUGUAUACUCUUUUGAAAUGUAUUAAAAUAUUUCACUCCACUAUAAAUUGA